CAUCACUGUACAGUCGUAUGGACACAGGCACCCGGGUCAUUGCAACCUGCUACGAGAGUGAAAAUGAAAUAUCAAAGCAUGAAAAUGCAACCAAAAAUAUUACCUAUCUGUUAGAGAAAGGUGAGGAGGCAAUACUGACGGGUAAGAGGGGUUGUUUUGAUUGCAGUGAGUGCGAUAGAAGAAAAAUUGAAAUCUGAAAUAAAAAUUGAAGUGCAUAACUGCUCUGAAGAAUGAAGACUGAAUGAUAUAAAAACAAAGUGCUGGAGAAACUCAGUAGGUCGGGUAGUGUCAGAGAGAGAGAAACACAUUUAAUGUUUUGAGUCUGAUUAAUAUUUGGUAUCAUGUUUCAAACUAAUUUUCACAAGGGAUGAUGCUUAAGUGGAAAGUAACAUAGUGUUAGAGUUAUUCAUUUACGAUCUACAAAAGAUUUGGAAAUCAAUACUUUAGACUUCCACACCAGUCACUUUAUGAACUAAUUUCCAGUUCAAAUCUAUAAUAAUGUUAGCUUUGAAACUGCCCAGAAGCUGGUGUUACCGAUUCUGGUGUUGUAAUCCGCACCUCUACUCCAUCUGUUUCUUUCUUUUCUAAUACGACUCUUUCUUACUUACGGCUUUCUUACGACUCAUUAUCACUUUCAUUCUUUUGUGUUCACGCUGCUGAGGUUACUUGUACUUGGCUAGAACCUAUUACAAUUUGAAUAUUUUCUGAUUCUGAUGAAAGGUCAUUGACUGGAAAUGUUGGCUCUUUGUUGUUCUCUCGCCACUGCUUGACCGGGUGAGUAUUUCCAGUAUUUUCUGUUACUAUUGAAGGUUUCUGUGCUGGGUUGCACAUACAGAGAAUUGAGAGCAGAAGUCUACUUUCAAGUAGAUUGUACCAAGCUCCAGGAUUGUCCACACUUGAAAGGUAGGCUGUUUGACAGGAUUAUCUUCAAUUUCCCUCACUGUGGCAGAAAGGCUGGUGUGAAGAAGAACAGAGAGCUGCUGGCUAAAUUUUUUCUGAGGUGAGUUCUGAAGUUAUGUAGGGAAGUUGACAAUGUCUGCUUCUGGACUCAGUGUUUCAGUGACUGCAAAGUAGCUCAUUGGGAGCCGUGGAAGUUUAACCUCUUGCUUCUCUUCACCAUCCUCGGUUUAAUAUUAUUCGCUCUGCUGAUAAUGGUGAUCAUGUUAUUUGGCUUCCCUUUCAGUUGUGCAGAUGUUCUGACUUCCAAAGGUGAUGUUCAUGUGACCCUGUGUAAGGGACAGGGAGGGACAGCUGCUGAUCAACCAAUGAGAGCAUGGCAUAACAGCUGGCAAGUCGUUGCUAUGGCUGCAAGAGCUGGGUUCAUUUUAAGUCAAGUGCAGAUGUUUGACUGCUCACAGUAUUAUGGCUACACCAGCACUGGAUAUAGGAGUCAAGAUAAGCCGUUCCAUGUUGACCAAGCUCUGACUCAUGUGUUCACAAGAAGCCUACCCUUCAGUGAGAUAAAGCCAGUUGUCAUGGAAACCAGGAUUGGGAGUGAGCAUUGCUUCUUCCAUAUCCCUGAGGAACUUGUUGAAAAGAUUAACAGGAAUUUUCUUCAGAAAAGUUCACGCCAUCCAGUAAAUAUAAUUGAUAAGUUGCUGAGAAAACAGAUUGCAGAUACAGUGAAUGUACAGGAACUGGAGGACAACUUUCCUGUGCUGUUGAAACAAUGCCCUCAGCCUGAUGGCGCCUGUGCAGGAUCUGAAGUUUGUCAAACUGAACUUUAUUGGGUGAGCUGUUCCAACCUUGAAGAGGAUAAAUCAAGAAGUACUGACUGCCCUGAGCCUCAGUGCUGUGAUGUUCCUCCGCCAAUCUUUGACAGGAGCUUUGGAAACAAGAGCGGACAGAUUAUGGACUGCACUAUCAUGAAACAGCUUGGCAUCCCUGAUCUGAGUGAGGAUUGCAGGAGCUACUGCCUUCGGCCCACUCUGACAGGAUAUGUCACCGAUAUUUUACGAAAACCAGACUUCAGAGUUGGAGUAAUUUAUGCACUCAGUGGUCCCGUAUUCAGGAAGUGUCUGAUUAGACCGCAAAUGAUGCCAGUAUUCCAUGAGAUGGUUUUAGUUGGUGCUUUCAACAGCGAAAAGGAUCCAGAUUUUUUAAGUCCAUUUAUGUGUUCUGUGGAGAGGGCCAUUUCAUUCCUCGUUAAGUCAGCAUCAGGCGCCCCGUCCUGUAUAGAUAAGAACUUAAAAUUGAUCACUUUUAAAGAAGAGGGCAGUGGGAAAAGCUGGAAUAUUUGUUUUCAAGACAUGGAACACCGAGAAAUUACUGAUCUAACUGUUGCAAAAUUGGUUUGCACUCCUAAUAAACAGAGCAACAGUGAAUUUAAUGUCUGUGUUACAUCAAUAAAUCUUGACCUGCUGUCCAUGGUGCUGUAUCAUGUAAGUGACUGGAGGAUGCUAUGGACAUUUGAUGAACGCUUCCUCAACCAGAUUAGCGCAACAGAAUUCAAACCAUUUUCUGCAUUCUCGCUGUACCCACCCACUUAUUCACAUGAUGUAAGCUUCUGGUUCAAUGAGAAUGGGGAACUGGAUGAGUUAGAGCUCCAUGCAGUUGUAAGGCGGGUAAGCAGAGAUUCGGUAAAAGAAAUGAAGCUGAUGGACAGUUUCUUGCACACUGAAUCCAAACGUAUGAGCUACUGCUACAGGCUAACCUACCAGUCAUGUGACAAAGCACUGUCUUAUCAGCAAGCAUUGGAAAUGCAACUGCAUCUUCGAGACGAAUUACAGAAACAUUUUCAAGUAACUCUUAGAUAAAAAUGAGUAUUUGGACCCAUGUUAGAAAUGUAUAUUUUUAUUGCUUGCAGUGCAGGAUUGGCACUAUAUGUACUGAGCUGUUG